AUGUUUUUCAGAGUCAGCAACAUCAAUCCUACGUCCACUGGGUUCACCCCUCACCUUCCCAGUAACUCUGGCGUGAAGGUGUCCUACACCUUGGUGGCGGACAGCGGCCGGCCCCUGCUCAAGGCGGCCUGGGCACCGCAGCCUCGGAGCUCCCGCGGGCACCUGCUCACCCUAAGAUCCCCUUGGGGGCUCUUCGGAGGAGACGCCGCUCUUCCGGAGGCCCCAAAGGCCCGCAGAGGAGAGCAGCUGGCUGAGCCAGCCUGGAAACAGCUCUGGCUGCCGCCCUCCCGAAGGAGCCUGCCUGGCACACGGGGGUUGCCGCUGGCGCCCACCAGAGCUUCCCGGCCUCCUUUCUGCCAUUGCCCGACUCCGGGGGCGUUGCCUUCCCUGAGGUCUCGGCUGCUGCCGGGGCGCGGCCCUCCUUGCUGGCGCAGUGCCGUCUCCCUCCUCCGCCUUCCCCGCGAGAGGCCCCGCCGGAGCCCAAGGCAGGAGCCGCCCGCAUCUCCCGGAGGUCGGGCAAGACCGGCCCUCGCCAGAUGCCCGAGGCGGGCGGCGCUGGCGGGCGCUCUCUCCGCCGCGGCGACUGGGCGGGGGAGGCCGGCCGGGGCGGCGGGAGCCUCGCUUGGCGCCCCCCCCAGCGGCUGGGAGGACGCGGAGCAUGUGCAGAACCGGCCGAGGACCGGGCCGCCGGUGGGCGAGCUGGCCGAGCGCCGCGUGAAAGCCUCGCUUUGCCGGGGCCGGCCAUGCCUCUGGCUGGGCUGCCGGCGCGGAGACGGAGCCGGGGAGGCGGCGGCGGCGGUGGCCGCCCGCGUUGAGCCCGCGCCCAUGUUCUCCUGCUUCUGCUUCAGCGUCCAGCCCCAGAGCUUCGGCAGCCCCGCGCUGCCCGAAGAUGAAAACAAGGAAAACUACCCAGACAAAUCUGUAGUCAUAGAGGAAAGUCAGGCAGUGUUUCAAGACACGCCGACCCCCUGCGAUGGCACUCUAAGAGUUGGCAUGGGGAACUUAAAAUCCAGAAAGCCUACAUCCAUUCCAAAAACAGAAAAUGGGAAAACCCGUGAAGAAAAUCAGGAGAUGGGAAAUGCAGGGUCUUGGCUCUCAGAGUGUCAGAAGAAAACAGCGACAUCAGCUACUGAAUAUGCUGAGAACGUAACACUCAGAUACCAGGAAACAGCUCUCAAGUUUCAACCCAGGACAGAUCAAAGUGCAUUCAUUUCACCAAACGAUGCCGCUGAACACCUGCAAAGGCUCACUGAGGAAGACAGUCCUCAGCUGGUGGCUUCAGAGGAACCAGCCUCUUCAUCUGCCUCAACCAGCAUGCACAUUGACAGAGAUUGCGGCGGUGAGCCUGCUCAGGGGUACCGAGAAGGCCAGACGGAGGCUGACAAUGGACCCGAAGACCAAGAUGCUUUAGGGACUUGUAGGCUGCUGCAUCACAUCACGGAUGGAGAUUAUCCUCUAUUGUCUCCUCGCUGCUCUAUUUUCAGCCAAAGCCAGAGGUUUAACUUAGACCCUGAAUCGGCUCCUUCUCCACCAAGUGCUCAGCUCUUCAUGAUGCCAAGAAGUUCUUCCAGAGGCAGCUGUGAGGACAGCAAAGUGCCCCAGACCAUGGUACAGCUCACAAAGCACCUGCAAAGCCUGAAGAGGAGAAUCAGGAAAUAUGAAGAGAAGUUUGAGGAGGAGAAGAAUUACCGGCCUUCCCAUGCUGACAAAAUAUCAAAUCCCGAAGUAAUGAAAUGGAUGAAUGACCUGGCCAAAAGUCGUAAACAGCUAAAAGAGCUGAAACUCAAAAUGUCAGAAGAACAGACCUUCCACAUCAAAAGAAGCCAAAGGAGCUUUCAGCCAGACAGAGAGGGUGGGAGGCUGGAUCCAGCAGAUUUGCCCACCGGUCCUUCGGUGGAGGAAACCAUGGAAGUGGUGAAGAAGCAACUGAAAGAGAAGCGACAGCAGCUCGGGCUCCCUGAGAACAUCAAGGCUAUGACAAAAAAGCAAAUGGCUUUGGAAAAACUCAGUCUCCAGAAAAGCCUACUGUAUUUUGAAAGUAUUCAUGGACGGCCUGUUAACCAGGAAGACAGGAGUUUGAUGAAGCCUCUUUAUGAAAGAUACAGAAUUAUAAAGCAGCUUCUAUCAACGCCCUCUUUGAUUACAACUAUUCAGGAGGAGGAAGAUUCUGAUGAAGAACCUCCUCAGAGUAGCUCCACUGGGUCUCUCCAUUGGCCUCCUGAGGCACAGAUGGGUCACUCGGAUGAGGAGAAUGAACCCGCCUUUGUUUCACCUCAGGAUGGAAGGAGUGUGACGAAGCAGCCAACCCUCUCGAUGUCCAAUUUACAUGAGGCCACCAUGCCUGUGCUUCUGGAACAUCUCAGAGAAACUAGAGCCGACAAGAAAAGGAUAAGGAAAGUAUUACGGGAAUUUGAGGAAGAGUUCUUUAGACAAACAGGAAGGAGUCCCCAGAAGGAAGAUCGGAUCUCCAUGUCAGAGGAAUAUUUGGAGUACAAGCACAUCAAGGCCAAACUCCGCCUCCUGGAGGUUCUCAUCAGCAAACACGAUAUCUCCAAAACCAUCUGAAGCCAGUAAAACUUCCUGAUGUGAGAAAAGAGAA